GGGCAUGCCUGCAGAUUAUGUGAACAAGCUGGCUCGAAUGUUCCAAGAUGUGAAAGUGAGUGAGGAUCUCAACCAACAUUUUAAACUAGCAAUCCUUGACAAACAGCUCAGGAGGAGUAAGGCAGGACUUGCUCCCACAGAAACAAAUGGGAACCUUGCUGACUCCAUCAAUAUAAAGAUCUUGAAUGCUGGAGCUUGGGCCAGGGGCAGUGAGCGAGUCCAGGUUUCCCUCCCCCUAGAACUAGAAGACUUCAUCCCUGAGGUGGAGGAGUUUUACAGGCAAAAGCACUCUGGUCGUAAGCUGCAGUGGUACCACCAUAUGUCCAAUGGGACGAUAACAUUCGCGAACCGUGCAGGGAAGUUCGACCUGGAUGUUACCACCUUCCAGAUGGCAGUGCUGUUUGCAUGGAACCAACGACCAGAGGAUCGGAUCUCCUUCGAGAACUUGCGACUAGCCACCGAGCUGCCCGACGCAGAACUACGAAGAACGCUCUGGUCCCUAGUUGCAUUCCCCAAGCUAAAAAGACAAGUGCUGUUGUUGUCUCCAGACGUGAAAUCUCCCAAGGAUUUCGAUGAUAGCACACAGUUUUGGGUCAAUCAAGAAUUCUCAUUAAUGAGAUAUGAAAUGAGGUUGAAAGACAUGGCAAAAUCAAGAAUUGAUUGA